CUUAGCAACGACUGUUCUAUAACUGGAUGCUUCAGUUUUACUGGUCAAACCAUAGCCUCGCACUUGUGAGAGUCGCAGAGUUAGGCUCUGGUUGUUAGACAGUCAGUGGUUAAAAGUUCAUCAUUUCCUAAAAUUACUUAGUGUUGAGUUGAUAGAAAGGUGGUGACAGCUAUGUUGUCCACCCCGAGGAAGCUCUUCUGCUUUAAGAAGGAGCCGAAAACCCCCUUGGGCUUUUGUGAUGGCCCAAGCAGGGCAACGGGAUACUUGUCCUGCUUUCACUGUGGAACUGAAGACAGGUACUGCCAGCCUUAUGACCCUGAAAACGAAUUUCAUGAGGCAGUAUGCAUGGGAAAGCUCAAAGUGGUGGUGCAUCUCCUCAGGAAGAAGCAAUUUCAUGUGAACGAUGAGGAUGAAGGGAAACGAACUGCGCUCCACUUUGCCUGUUUCUAUGGGCAUAUCGAUCUGGUUUGUUUUCUGAUAUUUAAGGACUGUGAGAUAAAUGCCCUUGAUAAUCAAAUGUCCACACCACUAAUGAAGGCUGUACAGAGCUGGGAGAUGGAGAUCGUGUCUGUCCUACUUGAUCAUGGAGCAGAUCCCAAUAUCAAAGACUGCAACGGAGAAGCAGCGAUCCACCAUGCAGUGUAUGUAGACAGGCCAGAUAUUGCCAGCAGUCUUCUUGAAUUUGGGGGAAACAUUGAAGAUACUACAAAAGAUGGGUUGACCCCUCUGCUGCUAGCACUCCGAGAAAGGAAACCCCGCAUGGCAGCAUACCUAAUCACACACGGUGCGAAUCUUCACGCAUCUGAUCAAUAUCUAAGAACAACACUCAUGUAUGCUGUUAGAUGGGAUUGUGAAAAUAUGGUUGAAAUUUUACUGAAGAAAGGUGUUGAUCACCAGUUAAAGGACACAUUUGGAUGGAGUGCUCUUUAUUAUGCCAUUAUGGGGAAACGCAAAACAAAAAUGGUGAUUAUUCAGCACGAGUUACUUCUCUGGAAACAACAAAAUACCUUCACACGAAAUCAGCCUGAAGAUGUCUUUUCAUCAGGACAUCACUUUGAAUCUGAGUCACUGAUUUCCGUGUGUACAGGAAUGGAGGACACAGCUAAUUUGAAAACUCAGCAAGAUAUUCCUGAGAAUAGUCUGAAAAGUGGUGCGGAUGACUUACCAAUAGCUUCCAAACAAUAUGAAAAUGUAGAAGAACAAGAAGAAGAACUAGAAUUAGAAACAAUACCGGAUUUAGAACUGGAAAAUGCAAAUGUUUGUCAUAAGAAUGAAGACUAUCAAAAAUUGAAAGCUGCCCAGUCAUCCAACGUAGGAAAUGGUCCAGAAGAAAAUGAAAUAAUUCAAGUUUGGGCUGAAAAAUGUCCGCAUCCAGAGCUGAGGGAUUUUUGUCAUCUAGUCUCCAGAUCCAAGCCUGAAACACAGCAAUCUCAAACAGUUUGGGCUGAAAAAUGUCCACACCCAGAGCAGAGGGAUUAUUCUCAUCGAAUUUCCAAACCCAAGUCUGAAACACAGCGAUCUCAAUCAGUGUGGGCUGAAAAAUGUCCUCACCCAGAGCAGAGGGAUUAUUCUCAUCGAAUUUCCAAACCCAAGUCUGAAACACAGCAAUCUCAAGCAGUGUGGGCUGAAAAAUGUCCUCACCCAGAGCUGAGGGAUUAUUCACAUCCAAUCUCCAAACCUGAGUCUCUACCACACCAAUCUCAACCAGAUAUAAUAUUUUCAGAAGAACUAGAAGAAGAAAUAACAGAAUUUAAAGUGGAAAAUGAGAGAAGUUUUGAUAAGAGUGCAGAAAAUCAAGAAUUUAGUGUGUCUGACCCUAAUGGACCACAGAAAUCUUCCACAAAAGCUCCCGACUCAUCCAAUAUGGACAAUGAUGCAGAAAAGAAUGUAAUAAUGCAUCAGGAGAGAACAUCUGUCAUGGAAGACCAAGAACAUGCCUCAGAAGAGCAGAGGCAGCACAGUGCAAGAAAAACUAAGCGGCCAUUUAGUGUGUCUGACCCUAAUGGACCACAGAAAUCUUCCACAAAAGCUCCCGACUCAUCCAAUAUGGACAAUGAUGCAGAAAAGAAUGUAAUAAUGCAUCAGGAGAGAACAUCUGUCAUGGAAGACCAAGAACAUGCCUCAGAAGAGCAGAGGCAGCACAGUGCAAGAAAAACUAAGCGGCCAUUUAGUGUGUCUGACCCUAAUGGACCACAGAAAUCUUCCACAAAAGCUCCCGACUCAUCCAAUAUGGACAAUGAUGCAGAAAAGAAUGUAAUAAUGCAUCAGGAGAGAACAUCUGUCAUGGAAGACCAAGAACAUGCCUCAGAAGAGCAGAGGCAGCACAGUGCAAGAAAAACUAAGCGGCCAUUUCAUCCAUCAUGGAAGACCAAGAGCAUACCUCAGAAGAGCAGAGGCCGCACAGUGCUAGAAAAACUAAGCGACCAUUUAUUGAUGCUAUAAGAGCAUGCUUUUGUGCAUGUUUCACCAAAAAACGGAUCUCUUCUUCCCACUACAAGAAAUAGAAGAGAAAACAUAAAAAAGUGAUGAACUUGGACAAGCCUACGACAAUUGCCUGACAACUUCUCCGACCAUCCACAAUAAGACAACUCAGGAGAAAAUCUGUCUCUUCUCCAAUAAUUGCUUCGA